GGCGCGCGGCGCCGUUGCCAUAGCAGCGCGCGGCCGCGUCCCCGUCGCUGGGUCGGAGCCGCCGCGUCCAGCACAGGCCGCGCACCGGCGCCUCCGCGCCCCGGGAUCCCGCCGCGUCCCCGCCGUCCCCCGGCAGCCGCUGUGCCGCGUCCGAAGCCCCCGGCCCCGCCGCCGCCCCGGCCCCGCCGCCCCGGCCGCAUGGCGCACCUGCUGGGCCACCGCGGCUGCAUGGAGAGCCUGCGGGCCGACCUGCGGGACCUGCAGGCCGCCAUCGCCGACGUCUCCUCCCGCGCCGGGGCCGUGCGCUUCCCCUCCUGGAAGUUCCCCGACAAAGUGUCCUGCGAGCUGGACCUGGCGGCGCUGCUGGAGCGCUACGGCUACACCGAGGGCGACCCCGCGUUCAGCCAGCACUCGCACGUGGUGCUGCUGGAGCUGCUCAUAGACAGGUGA